AUGGACUCGGCUCGAGGGCCGGCAUCGCACUACGGGGCCUCUGGGAAGCAGACGUCGCACCACGACUCCCCCGAGCAGCUGCUCGACGUCUUCAAGGCGGCCGCCCUUUCCGUCACCAAACUGUACAAGACUUCAGCGUUGGCCGAGUCGAGGUCGCGAGCCGAGGGCUACCAGGAGUGCCUGGAGAACCUGCUCAUCUUCUUGGACAGGGAAAACCUCGGGCUGCGCGAUGGCGAAGGGUGGAAAGUGAGGGCUUGGGCGACGGAGCGCCUGGAUGGACGUGAAGCGGCACUUCAAGCCACCACCGAGAGCGAAGAUGAAGUCGACCGCACGGACCGGCCAACCUCGCCAGAGGCUGCACGGACGAGCACAGAACCUCAGGCGUCUACACAGCGACCGACUGGGCCAACGUCAUCCCCAAACGUCGUUGCCGUCAGCGUCCCCGACGAGCCCGCCCGCAUAGUGGUGCCAUCGCAAGACACGUUUACUUUUCAAUCAUCACAUGCGUAUCCCAACAUUGCGACUCUCGAUCUGUCCGACUCGCGACACGACGGCUCGUCGCUGCAACCGUCCCGGAGCUCCAAGGGCCGCCACGGCGGUACAAAACCCAACUCCAGGACACAGGGCCAUCUGGGCAGGGGAGCCGGAGCUAAGCGCAGAUGGGACUUUGACGACUUUUUCGGCGGCUGUUUGAACGGCAAGGACCCUUUUGGCAACGGCGGCAAACGGAGCCGGCACACGUGA